AGAAUGGCCAACCAAAGUUUUGUAGCUUUCUUCGUGUUGGUCUUCCACUGUCAUCAACCUAAAAGGUCAGAGACACUGUUAGCAACAACUAGUUCACUGCUAUAUUAAGGCCUUUGAUGGUUCUCUAUAAAGUCACUUUCUCCAUUAGUAUUGUGUGGUAAAGAGAAAAUGAAGUUUUGGGGCUGGAUUCAUCAUCAUAAGUUCCCGGAGAAUAGCAAAGAGCAAUUCAAAGAUGCUACAACUGGUAACAGCCGUUUCUCCCUUUCAUCUCAUCCAUCCCUUGAUAGCGACGAUGUUUACCCGGCAGCAUGUGCUGGCCCCAGAUACAGUACUGGAAUAACCAAGCAGCUCAACAGGUUCCAGGAAAACUCCUUCCCAGGACCCAAGGAUGAGAGAAACAGUGAUUUUUUUGAUGGGUUUCUUGCCAUUGGAACCCUUGGUGGAGAGACAUAUCUGGAUGAACCAGCAACACCGACAUUUGGGGACCCGGCGACAGAUAAUGCAGAAGUGACAGAGAACGAUCUGAAGCUCAUCAGUGAUGAACUGGAGAAGUUCCUUGAGGCUGAGGCUAAAGAAGGAAACAACCAGCCAUCAGGAAGAAACAGUGACACUAACACUAUUGCAUCCACCAUUGAGGCUGCUGAGGGACUAGAUGCUGAAGAAGAUAAUCAGCCAAUGAAGUUCCCGCUCCAAGAGUAUCUCUUUGGUUCUCUAAUCGAAUUAUCUGAAACAAAGGUUGCAGGGAAGAAGGAACGGGCAUCACUUGGAGAGCUGUUUCAGGCAGCAGAAAUGCAAGAUAAACAUUCAGAAAACAAAUAUGGGGAGAAAAAGAAGCAAACCAGUACAACCCACAAAUCUGCAAAGCAUCUUGUGAAGAAGGUACUGAAGAAGUUACACCCAUCCUCCAAGAGUCCUGGCAGUGGUAAAACUGAAGUGGCUUCCACAAAGAAGAAGUUCCAAAAGAUGGCACAAGUUUUUCAGAGAAAAGUAUAUCCAGAAGACUCCAUCAUGGAAAGCGAAAUACACAGCAGCAUGACAGAUCCAAAAAACAGCCAAGCGAAUUCUACUGGAUUAAUGUCUGAGAAGGUGAGCACCUGUAACGAGGGAAGUAAACCAUGGAUCCAGUAUGAGCUAGGAAGUUCCGAUUCAGCUAAAAACGGAGAACACUGGAUCAAAACAGACGAAGACUACUUCGUGUUGGAGCUGUAGAAAAGGGAUCAGAAGAAAAAAACGCAAACUAAGAAGUGUGAGUGUAUUGUGUCAUUUCAUGCAUGUGUGGUAUAGUAAAAAUGUGGUCAAGACUUAGCGGGAAUGUUUCAUUACGCCCCCUCUAUGUAAUAAUUUAAAAAGCAGCAAGAUAUCUCAUAUCCAUCGUUUGGAGUACUUAAAUGAAGAGAAAACAAUCUUGUAACCAUUUGCUUCAAAUCCAGCUAUAUGAUUUUAAUUUCAUAAAUAAAACUACAGUAUCGUUUGAAUUUA